UCUCGGUCAACUUCCGAUAUUGCUGACAUUACUGGCCACAGUAACGAAUUUAGGAACACUUUUAACAGCAGUAGCUUUGAAUUCUCAUCUCAUUUCUGGCAGCAAAAAAUAACCAUAACCUAUGAUCUUUCGAUGUUUUGUUGGUUUUUAUUUUCAUCAUUCUUAUCUUCUUUUCUCAUGUUGAAUUUUGGAUGGGGUGAUUAAUGAUAUUAUCUUAAAAGAAAUAUUAACGGAUAGUGAUUAUGAUUCAUCAGAAACACCAAGCUCUAGUACAUCUAGUUCGAGUGAUGACAUAGCUGUGAAAUAUUUGAUAUCAAAAUUGUGAAUAACAAACCAUCUUGUGGAUUAGUGGCUCUUUCAGCGUCUACUGCCACUGUGAGAUCUUCCAGUUCGACUCCAUACAUUUUCCCAAAGUAUUUGAAAAUAGUAAUUUAUAAUUCAAACGCUACCAUUUCUGCACCAGUGGCCAACAUGCAGUGAACUUUCAGCCUCUAUAUGUAUGCAAUGAUGUGCGAAAACGUUGCAGUAAAUUUCAGUAAAAUCGGAACGUUGAAGCAGUACUGUUCGGGAAUAUCGGAACAUGCUCCUCGCAUCGUGUGCAUAGUCGUGCGUUGGAAGUCAGGAUAGUGGAUGACGGGAACUGUCUGCAGGCACUCGGUCACCGAAAGUUUCAAUAGCGGCAACAGUGUUGUUUGCUUUAUUCUGUCAACAGUGUCAAGUCCCAAGGUCCCGACACCUCCCAAGGCCAAAGAUCUGCUGACUGCUCAAGGAGCAAGUAGCCCUCUUUACAUAAUAAUGACAGUAAUAAAAGAAAAGCAAGGCUACAAUUAUCCUAAACCCAAUUCAGCUGCUGCCUCAGAUACAGAAUCCUUGAACUUGGGAAGUGUCCCUGCUAGUGAUACAGAAUCCAUCAAUAAUGAUGAGCCACACAGGGUACACAGAUUACCUUUAUUCAGAUUACCACUACAUGGAUCACAGGUGGAAGAGCUGAUAAACAUUAAGAAAAACUCUGGGAGAAAGAAGCUGAGAAGAUAUCAGAACCGUUGUGUUUUGCCAACUUUUGAAGAAGAUGAGGAGGAAAAGUAUGUGUUGAUGGAAUCCUACAAAGGUCCUUUCACUCGUUUACUGGAAGAUAAAGUUGCUAUGGAAUGCUGGAACAACUUCAUAGAGAAAUCAGAGGAAGAACAGUCUCAGAUAAUGAGACAAAUUUCAGAAAACUAUUGCAAUGACCAGAUUAAUAAUAGUCCUAGUGAUGAUUUUGAUUCUCCUGGAAAGAUUUCAUCAAGAAUCAGAAGAACUUUCAAAAUCAGGAAGAAUCUGCAGUUUGAAGUUAUUGAUGAGUGUGAGACAGAUUUGAUUCAGUUUUUUGAAACCAGGCCUGAAGAUACUUAUGUCAAGUUUCCACCUACUAGUUUUGACAGGCUUCUGAUUCAUGCUAUUGCCCAGUACCAUAAACUAAAGUCUAUAAGUGUUCUGUAUGGAGAUGAUGCACGUAGAUCUGUUGAAGUUUAUAAUGUAAGACAAAAUUGGAUAUGUGCAAACUGCCGUUUGGCAGAUUUUAUCAAGAAACUGAGGACAUAGAAAACUGUCUGUUUGGUGUACAGCUUUUCCUGAUUUUCCAUUUAUUCUAUCCAGUUUAUAAUUGCCCUAUAAAUGCCCUUAACAAAUUCUAAUUCAGGUAAUUCAUUAUUUGCAUUCUGUAUCAUUGCACAUAUUUUCUAUAAUUCUUUCAAGUAAUCUAUCUGAUGAUGAUUAUUCUACUAUAUCAGUUGUGAAACUGAUGAGUUAAUUUCAAGAAUGAUUUGUAUGUUGAAUAUGAAGGAUUUUACCAUUAACUGACAUCAAUAUUUCAAUAGGUAUUGAUUAUAUAAUAACUAAUAAAACUAAUAAAAGGUACCUAAAUAAUAUAGGUAGGUGAAAAAUAAUUUGAUAUUUUUUCUAAUUUAUAUUUCUUUAUAUACAUUUGAUUGUAUAUUGUAGUAAAUUAAGAUGCCCUAUUAAAUAUUAUUUUGGUCCAAGAAACAUAAAAUGAUAAAAUUCACCUCCAAUCUAGAUAAUUUAUUGAUUAUAUGCCAAUGUAAAAGAAUGAAGAUAGGUACCUACUCGGGUACCUACAUAUUGAUUUUUUCAAAUUUUAUUUGUUUUGACAUUCCUUUGUUUUAUGAUGAUGAUGUAUAUUUUAUUUUGUUUAUGCCUGCAAGUUUCGAGUUUUUAUGUUGAAAAUGAAAGUGUUACCUAAAUAAAACAUAUUCAAAGCA